AUGGCCUGGUCCUCCAGCCCGAAGAGCCUCCUCACAGUCUUUGUCUUUACCAGCUUAGCUGUCAGCUCUGAGGCUUCUGCUACAAACCAAACGUUUAAACAAAAAGGGUGUUCUAAAGACCCAUGUAGUGAACUGGAAUUCUCAGCCACACUGGGGGAUCAACGGAGAUUUAGCUUUGUGAACCGUUGCUGCACAUCUGAUAACUGCAACAAAGACAAUAUAACACUACCACAGGCAUCUGAAGAAGCCAAUGGUAUUCAAUGUCUUGCCUACUAUGAGGAGCCAGGCACGCAGGGUAUCCUAAGUUUCCUCAACUGCACAGGAAACGAGACGAAGUGUGUUGCGGUUAUUGGCACAGCAGCGGGAAGCAGUCAUCCCUUUGCCUUUGUGAUUGCUGGAAUGGGCUGUGUGACAGAAAGCGCCUGCAACAGGAGUAUAACUGUUCUCAACAGCACAAAUAUCCUCACCUUCUGCUCGAGGUCCAGCAUGUCUCUUAAGGUUUCAGGAAGAAGAAGAGUGCCCGAUGGCUACUUGCUUCAAGACUUCUCCAAGCUCAGUCUAAAGUCCUCUGUGGACUGA